UCAAUACCCAGCAUCACAAAUAUACCUAAACGAAUCAGUGGAAGUUGUCCGAACAAUAAGAAAAGUUGUUGAUGAAAUGUCAGAAUCCAGUGGAAAACCAAAGUUAUUAGCAGUUGAUAGUGGUAACACAGGAUAUGGUAUUCGGGGAAAAGAAGAUCUUUCCACACAGUAUCUUGGGACAAAAGAUUCACCAGCAGCACAUGUAGUUGUAAGCCGUCAGUUUGUUAAGCAACGCGGUUGGAAAGCAUCUCCAAAUGAACCUAUGUUGCUGAAGAAUAACAUCUUUACUUAUGAUAUGUUAAAUAUAAAUGACCGAAACUCUUUAGCCUUAACUUCAGCUUCCACUAGUGACCCUAGACAAUCUGAUUUGAUAGCUCUAGCCUCUACAUUUUUACUUCCAG